UUAUUGUAUCUGUGGCCAAACAACAACCUCCUAGAAAAUCCCAUCGUCAGCAAGAAACUCGCGCAGAGAAAGAGAGAUUUCAGAAAUGGCGACCUCAAUGAUGACUUCCCUCCCUCAAUUCACUGGUCUCAGACCGAAAGUCUCUGUUGCUCCUGUUCAAAACCUGGUUGCUGUGCAGCCCAUGAGGAGGAAGGGACAGGGAGCUUUGGGAGCUCGCUGUGAUUACAUUGGUUCCCCCACUAAUCUGAUAAUGGUGGCAUCAACAACCUUGAUGCUGUUUGCUGGAAGGUUUGGGUUGGCUCCGUCGGCAAACAGGAAGGCCACGGCGGGGCUGAAGCUUGAAGCGAGGGACUCUGGCUUGCAGACCGGUGACCCUGCCGGCUUCACCCUCGCCGACACCUUGGCGUGUGGCUCCGUCGGCCACAUCAUCGGCGUCGGCGUUGUCCUUGGUCUUAAAAACAUUGGUGCUUUGUAAACUAAACUAUACUAAAUUCCCUCUAUUUCUUAUCAUCCGCCCUCUUAAUCUACUCAUCUUCAACUUCAUUGUCUCAUAUCUUCUUCAUUAUUGGUUCCACAUUUCAACCUAUCUUUACGUCUUAGGGACUCAAAUUUGGAAAAGUUUGUCUCUUGGUUUAAAGUUUCUGCCUUUUUCAUAUUAAA